UAUGACAUCACCCUAUGUUUAGACCCUAUGAUGCUUGGUUCAAUCCGAAGUAAUUUUUAUCCCUAAAUUCCGAUUAACCUUCCACCGAGCACACCCCAACCCUCCAAGCCACCCCCACGUUGUCCCAGUUUUGACACUAGAUUGUCACUCAAUUUGGAUGCCCGGUUGAUUAGGGGGCGAGCAAUUUCUCAGAUAUUAAUAAAGGUCUUGAAAGCCACGCUUUAAACUUGGCAUACAACUCACCGUCCAAAAACCACACUGGGAGAGCUUUCUCCUUGACCUUUGCAGUGCUCGCCCAUGGUUUUGACGCUUUAGUCGGUAGUGUGGAAAAGAUCAUCUGAUGGUACAUUGGUACUUUGGCAAUCAUCUUUUGCAUAAUUGCAUUUUGAUCCCUAAAGUUCAAAAGAUUAUCAAUGUGUUCAAUCUGAUCUCUUUUUCCCAUUUGUCAUUUGGGAUUUCCGAACACGCUAUCAUAUGUGGCUGGUUUUUAAGUGCUUAGCAUUGGAGAAUGGGCUCACAGCAUGACCAACACCUUGUCGAAAGAUGCAGAGAAUCUGCGUGUGUGGAAUCGAAAGCUGAUGAUGGCCUCAGCCUGUGUUCCUUAGAUCCUCCAAGCACUUCUCAGUUAUCAGCUCUUGGAGCUAUUUCAGGAAGGUUUAAUCCUGCUGUAUACUACAAGAGAAAGUUCCGGAAAAACAUCUUUUCUACUUGCGCCCCCCAAUCAUUAGCUAAAGUCAAAUGUGUUGGUGGUUGUGAUUAUGCCAUUUGUUCCGAAGCUCUUUCAAGGGGUGGGACGGAACACAAACUGUUUGAAUUGGAGGUCGACAUAAAUGCAAGUAGAUAUUCAAGUAGCCCCCCUGUAGAAUGCAAUGCAGAUCCACUCCUCUCUAAGUCAGAAUCUUCUAAUGGAUGCCAUGAUGGGGGCCAUCAUUGUUCAGAAGAAGCUGCUAAAAGUGAUACAGUCAGUUUAUUGAACCCAUGCCUAAAUGAAUUUUUUUCAUCUUCUGAGUCAAAUUUGAAUCAUCGUUCAGCUUUUCUAAAUAGUGAUGUGGAUGGUGCUGGUGAGUGCUCUUCUUCUGGUGCACUGUUCACUGAAGAACUGCAUGAUGAUAUGCCAGAAAGGGAUAUAUGCAUUUCAGUUCUUAAAAAGCAUGGGCUGCUUACGAGGAUUAAUAUGGAUCAGGUUUCCACUACUACCAGUAACUGCUGUCUAGUCCCAUGCAAGGUCUGUGGCUGUUCAGAUACUACACUAAAAAUGUUGAUUUGUGAUAAUUGCAAUGACGCAUUCCAUCUCUCUUGCUGCAAUCCUCGUGUAAAGAAAGUGCCAUAUGGUGAGUGGUUUUGCCUCUCUUGCCUAAGAAAGAAGAGAAAACUACUGAGGGAGAAUUCAAGCAGUAAAACUUUACAUGUUAUAGAUGAAGCCGGUGGCUGCAACAACAUAUUGUCUAAAGGAGAACCCAAACACUUAGAUUCCAUGUUGAGAGGGAGAGAACCAUAUCACUCUUCUCCUCGCAUUGGUGAUCAGUUUCAAGCUGACGUUCCUGUCUGGGAUGGUCCUGUCAAUGAUGAGGCUAGUCCUACCACUCAACCAGUCGAAAUGGAUGCUUUUGCAAGCUUGCACGAAAGCAAUGUGAACAAGCCUUUUAGAAUCAGCUCUAUUGGGAAUUGGCUACAAUGCCAGGAGGUUAUAUUAGGAAUUGGGGAGGGUGUUGAUGGAACUAUCUGUGGGAAAUGGCGCAGAGGGUUUUGUUACAGGGCACCACUUUUUGAAGUUCAGACAGAGAAUUGGGAGUGUUUUGGAUCUGUUCUUUGGGAUCCAGCACAUGCUGACUGUGCUGUACCUCAGGAGCUAGAAACAGAAGAAGUUCUAAAACAAUUGAAGUACGUAGAGAUGUUGAGACCACGGCUUGAUGCGAAGAGGCGCAAGUUGGACUGCACCAAGCAUAGCAGUGACUUGCAGAGUUGUACAGAGACUUGAAAAUAUUGUGGAGUCCCGGGAGCGUGCAGAUAUUUGAAGUAUUAACAUGUAUACUAUAAUGCCCUUGAGUUGAACAGUCGCCAACACGGGUCAAAAUGACGAAGGUUGCCAAUUCUUUUUUUGUUUCAAACGGCGCUAACUUGUCUUGACUUAACCCUUUAUGAUAUGAUAUUUGGAUCCGUUUGAACAACUUAUGAUUUAAAUGUGGGUA